CUUCCGGCUCCCCAGCGGAAAUAGCGGGGGGAGUGCCAUGAACAGAGAGAACUUCAAUGGACCCUCCUCGUCUCGGGAGGUUAACACCUCGGUUGGGAGAUUCGACAGACAGCAUUGUAGGCUGCUGAAGCUUGAAAGUCACCUGGGGAAAAUGCACCUGGGAAAACCCGGUGUCUGCAGUAUCAGCUCCGAGUACUCGUCCGGUCAAAGACCAGAGAAUCUUUAGCAGCGUUGAAUGUGUUCCCACCAGCUGCAAUGGCUUCUUUCCAAAGGCAAAGUCUGCAAGCAAGGAUUCUUAGCUCAGAAGAAGAGGACAAGCUGCAAAGAGACCGAGCUUUGGUUUCUGAUUUUAAACAGCAAAAACUGGAAAAAGAGGCUCAGAAGAAUUGGGACCUUUUUUACAAAAGAAACAGUACCAAUUUUUUCAAGGACAGACACUGGACCACCAGAGAGUUUGAGGAGCUGAGAUCAUGUAGGGAGUAUGAAGGUCAAAAAUUGAUUUUGUUGGAAGCUGGAUGUGGAGUUGGGAACUGUUUAUUCCCACUGUUGGAAGAAGAUGUGAAUAUCUUUGCCUAUGCCUGUGACUUUUCUCCAAGGGCAGUUGACUAUGUUAAGCAAAAUCCUUUAUAUAAUACAGAGAGAUGCAAAGUGUUCCAGUGUGACCUCACUAAAGAUGACCUUCUUGACCAUAUCCCACCAGAGUCUGUGGAUGCCGUUACAUUGAUCUUUGUGCUCUCAGCAGUUCACCCUGAGAAGAUGCACCUUGUCUUACUAAAUGUCUACAAGGUACUAAAACCAGGCAGAAGUGUCUUGUUCCGUGACUACGGGCUACAUGAUCAUGCGAUGCUUAGAUUUAAAGCUGGAAGCAAACUUGGAGAAAAUUUUUAUGUCAGACAAGAUGGAACCAGGUCCUAUUUUUUUACUGAUGAGUUCCUGGCGCAGCUCUUUGCAGAUGCAGGUUAUGAGGAAGUGGUGAACGAGUAUGUGUUCCGAGAGACGGUGAAUAGAAAAGAAGGCUUGUGUGUGUCUCGAGUUUUCCUUCAGAGCAAGUUCCGGAAACCGCCAAGGGAUCCAGACCCUACCACUGACUCUGCUUCACUUUGAAGAAAGAAGUUUUAAUCUACUUUAUAUACUUUUAUAUUCUGAAUUUUUCAAAUUUCAUGCAUAAUUUUUGUAUGAUAAACAAGUGAGGACUGGGGAGUUAGCUCAGGAGGUAAAGUGUUAGCUGUGCAUGCCUAACCAAGUGUGAACCCCAGGAAUCUGUCUAGAAAAAAAAGGCGGAGUGCUGGAGAGAUGGCUCAGUGGUCAAGAGUGUUGGCUGCUUUUUCAGAGGAUCUGGGUUUGAUUUCCAGCACCCACAUGACAUCUCUAGUCCUAGGGUACCGCUGAGGAUGAAAUGCCCUUUUCUGGCCUCUUCAGAUGGUAUAUAGACAUACACGCAGGCAAAACACCCAAAUAAAAAAGAAAAAAUCCAGGUUUCGUAAUUUGAAUCUAUAAUCCAGUACUCCUACCUCAAGAGAAGCAAAGAUAGAAGAAUCAUCUGGAAGCUCCAAGACCAGCCAGCCUGAAUGACGCAGUAUGGCAGAGAAGAGGCAAGAGACCUGGCCUCAGAAAGGUGGAGGAUGAGAACCGACUCCUGAGAAUUGUUCUCUGACCUUCACAUGUGCACAGAUGAGUAAAUGAACAGUGAAUAUUUGCACACAUAGAAAACAGAAUUUGCCGGGCGUUGGUGGCACACGCCUUUUUAAUCACAGCACUCGGGGAGGCAGAGGCAGGGGGAUCUCUGUGAGUUCUAGGCCAGCCUGGUCUACAAGAGCUAGUUCCAGGACAGGCUCCAAAGCUACAGAGAAACCCUGUCUCAAAAAAACAAUAAGUAAAAAAAAAAAAGAAAAAAAAACAAUAAGUAAAUAAAUAAAUUGAGUCAAGAGUAGUGGCACACGCUUUUAAUCCCAGCCCUCAGAAGGCAGAGACAGGUGGAUCUUAUGAGUUUGAAGCCAGAUUGGUCUACAAAGAGAGUUCCAAGACAGUCAACCAAGAUUACAGGACCCUGUCUCGAAAAAGAAAAAAAAAAUCUUGGGUUGGAACUGACAGUAGCUCAGUUGGUAGAAUGCUGGCCUAGCAUGGAUGAAACUGGGUCACAUCCUCAACACUGAAUUAACCAGGUGUAGGGGCACACUCAUAAUCUAAGCUCUUGUGGGGUAAAGGCAGAAAGAAGUGUUGGGCUAAGGAGACAGCUAGAGCUUUUUUACAAGUGAAGACCAAAUUUAAAUCCCAAGAAUCUGCAUGAAGCCAGGUAUGGUGACGUGCAUUGUAAUUCUAGCAGUGGAAGAUGGGAGAUGGGGACAAAAUUUCCCAGAAGUCGGCUAGCCAGGUGUAUGCAACCACAAACAGCAGAGAUAACCUGGUACAAAGUAGAGGUCCAAUAACAGAUUGUCCUGUCUCACACGGUUCCCUGACACCCAUGCAUAUAGAUACACACACACACACCAAGCCUGCUGACCCAUUCAAAACCUGGGACCCACAUUGUGAAAGGAGAGACUUGGUUUUCACAGAUUGUUCUCUGACCUCCAUAUGCACACCAUGGCACAUGUGCACACACAGUUAAUAAAUAUUUUUAAAAGGUUGUUUUUAAUUUGUUAGAUAGGGUUUCUCUGUGUUUUCUUGACUGUCAUAGAACUCAAUCUGUAGACCAAGCUGGCCUCAAACUCAGAGAUCUACCUGCCUCUGCUUCUGCUUCCUGAAUACUGAGAUUGAAGGCACACACCAUCACUGCCCAGUUUUUUUGUUUGUUUGUUUGUUUGUUUUAGAUGGCAUCUCUUUAUGUAGUCCUGACUGUUCUGGAACUCGCUCUUUAGACAAGGUUGCCCUCAACUCACAGAGAUCCACCUGCCUCUGCCUCCUGAGUGCUGGGAUUAAAGGUGUACAUAGCAAGUUUGAGGCCAGGUUGGACUAUGUGAGGCUCCAGCCCCAAAACAGAGCCAAGAAUUAAAUCUUGGUUGAAUACUUGAUACGUAAGAUGCCGAGCAUCUUCAGUUUUUUCAUAGUUAAUUGAUACUUUCUUGUGAUCACCAGUGCUGAAAAUACCACAUAAAUAUGUGCAGUACAGAAUAGCAGGAGCAUGUUUAUGGUUGUUUCAGGAAUUGUUGGAAAUUCUGUUCUAUUCCUAAACCAAAAUGUAAUGACGUUUAAAGAAACACAAGUCACCAGGUGAUGGUGGCACAUGCCUUUAAUCCCAGCAAGUGGCCCUCUGAGUUCUAAGCCCCCCUGGUCUACAGAGUGAGUUUAAGGACAGCCAGGGCUACACAGAGAAACCCUGUCUUGAACACUCCCCCCAAAAAGAAACAAGUCAGCAAUUUGCUAGGUUUUUUUGUCUUGGGGUGUGUAUAUGUGUGUUGUAUGAUGUGUGUGUCGUGGCAUUUCAAUUGUAAUUUAAUAGAGACUGCCUGAAUGUCUGAGAGUAAAACAGUCCCACUGGUCUGUAAGGCUGACUGCCACUGGCUUGACCUCAGUCUGAAACGGUGAUCCUGCCUCCAGGAAUCUCAGAGUGAGACUGUGUUGAGAGCUGUUUCCUCCAAUUUUAUAAUCCUCUAAUAGAUUUAUAAUAAUUUAUAAUAGAGCUGGAAUUAAAGGCGUGCACCACUGUCAUUAAAGGCUUAUACCGCCCAGUUUCUAUGGCAACUAUUGUAGCUACAGGGAUUAAAGGUGUGUGUCAUUAUGGCUACUGAUAUUAAAGGUGUGUUACCAUAAUCUGAUAUAUAAGGCUGAUCAGUAGGACUGUUUUACUCUCAGAUCUUCAGGCAGUCUUUAUUUAUUAAAAUACAAUUGAAAUGCCACUACGUGUGUGUGUGUGUGUGCGCGUGUGCACGCAGGUGUGAUGUCUUCCUCUUUCACUCUAUACCUUAUAUCCUGGAUGCAGUCACUUGCUGAACCAGGAGCUUGUCAUCUGGCUAGGCUGGCUAGUCAUUGGGUUCUCAGGAUCCACCAGUCUCCACCUCCCAGUGCUGCUAGAGUCAUGAGUCUAU